AUGCCCGUCUCCAUCGCCUCACAGUGGAAGAUUAACUAUUCCACUGGCGCCAAUGGCAGCACACAAACUGCAUCGCAGAGCACCCACCGCAACCGAUCUGCCCAUCUGCGAGCUUCAGACGUGGACUCAGUCCACGAUCUCGUCUGCGUGGGAUUCGGUCCGGCGAGUCUGGCUAUCGCGGUCGCCAUUCAUGAUGGACUCGAGGCCGGUAGCCUGAAGCAGGCUCCCCACGUCCUCUUCCUGGAGAAGCAGCAGAAAUUCGCAUGGCACGCAGGCAUGUUGCUGCCCGGAGCCAAGAUGCAGAUCUCCUUCCUGAAGGACAUGGCCUCCCUCCGUGACCCCAGGUCUCACUUCACCUUCCUCAACUACGUUCACAAGAAUGGCCGUUUAUUGGACUUCAUCAACCUGGAUACUUUCCUGCCAUCGAGAACUGAGUACGGUGACUACCUGCACUGGUGUGCGAGCCACUUCGACGAUGUUGUAAGGUACAACAGCGAGGUUAUCUCCGUCUCCCCCGAGGAGGACGCUAGCGGCAUUAAAACCUUCACGGUGGUCGAGAGGAACUGCAAGACGGGCGCAGUCAGCACGCACCGCGCCCGUAACGUGAUUAUUGCCAUCGGUGGCCAGGCCUCCAUCCCCAAGGCUUUGCCGGCCAAGAGCCCACGAGUGAUUCACUCGUCGCAGUAUGCGUACAUGGUGCCCAAGCUGCUGACGGACCGCAAUGCGCCCGUCAAGAUCGCAGUGAUUGGUGGAGGUCAGAGUGCGGCCGAGAUCUUCAACAACGUGUCUAACCUCUACCCCAACUCCAAGACGUAUAUGGUCAUGAAGGGAGAGUUUCUGAAGCCAAGCGACGAUUCUCCAUUUGUCAACUCCAUCUUCAACCCCGAGUUCAUCGACACGCUGUACCCCAGGCCAGCCCAGUACCGCCAGAACCUGAUCAAGGAGGCCAAGGCCACCAACUACGGAGUUGUGAGGCUGGGACUGAUCGAGACUCUGUUUGAGAUGAUGUAUGACCAGAAGCGAGAGCUUGGGCCCGACGAGACCAAUUGGCCCCAUCGGAUCAUGGGCGGCAGGCAGAUCGUGUCGGUCGAAGAGGGCGAGGAGAAGCUUCGUCUUAAGCUGCGCCAGGCGCUACCAGGCGACGUGACUCUUGAGGCUGACGGGCUGGUCGAGACCAACGAUCAGAUUGUGGAUUCGUCUUUCGAGGAGGUGCUGGAUGUUGACCUCUUGGUUGCCGCUACGGGCUACCGCAGAACAGCACACGUCGACAUGCUUAAGGACGCGUGGAAAUUGCUGCCCAAGGUCCAGGACGGCGUGGUCGGCGGCCCGUCCCGAGCUGAUCAGUGGCCUGUCCAGACAGAGAACGGUGAUAGACGGGUCCUGGAAGUUUCUCGUGACUACAAGGUCAAGUUUGCUGAAGGCACUGUGGCCUCUGGAUCUGGAGUUUGGUUGCAAGGCUGCUGCGAAGGCACCCAUGGUUUGAGCGAUACCCUGCUGUCGGUUCUGUCGACGCGAUCUGGCGAGAUGGUUGAUGCCAUUUUUGGAAAGUCUGCAUGA